AGACAGACCUGAGAAAGAGGAUCACACUGCUGCUCAUCACGACAGGACGCACAUUAGGACCAACUAAAAACGUUCAAGACCUUCAUACUGAAAGUUUAGGCCUUUUUAAUUUAGCAUGGUUUAACAGAAAACAAUUUCUGACAUUUUGUUUCUUUAGCUCCAACUGGGAUCUAACGCCACGAGCAAGGUGAGUGUGUGGUCAGAAUCAAGGUGGGUAACAUUUAACAGCCACUGUCUUAAACUGAAAAUGCCAUUUGUGUUAUAUGUGAAAAUACUGCGUUGAUUUCUUUCAAAGUCGUUCUACAUUCAGCUUGGCGAUUAUGAUGUUAAAAAGACAAGCUAAAAAAGUUGUUUAAAGUAUAUAAACAUAUUACAACUUCAAUUUUGAUUGUGUGCAUGCAAGUACAUAAAUUCAGAUCAAUUUUGAAACGUGUGGAAAACCUCAUUCUCAAACACACAAGCAUGGGGUGGGGGGUGUUAGGGUUGAGUUACAUUGUGUUGGGAGUCAAAAUGCAGGGGUUUUUUUUUGGUUGGCAAAGCAAACAGGCCUCUUACGUGUAUGGCCUACAGGCACGGAGGGAGAGACAGGUUUGGGCUCGCUGAAGGGAGAGGCCAAGACACAGAGUGCAUUCUCUAACACUCUCUGAACACAACAACAGCCUUCGGAAUGGAACAUUUUGAACCUGCACUGCAAAAUAGUAUCAGUUAGAAACGGAAUUUGAAAUGUAAAUGUUCCAAAUUUGAAUGCACAGUGUUUUUAAAAAGUCUGUAAUCCCUUGACUUCUUUAUCGACAGUGUGCUUAUGUUGUGUCAUCCUUCAAACAGGUACAGACGUGCUGCGGAAGCCGCAAAGCGGUUUUAUCCGUUCUGUGAAUUCUAUCCUUCAUUCCACCGGAGUCUGUGUAGCUGUCCAAUCAGAUUUCAGUGGUGUGAAGUGUAGGAGACAUGGAAAGAUCACUUUUUCCACAAGCUGCGAAGGUUGUCUUCAUGGGUUUAACAGAAAAACAGCACAGAUGUGAGGUGAAACACAAUUACAAGUUUUCAAAGCAACACAUGGCUACUUUUGCAUUGUAGUGUAAUUUGCUUUGUGCUUUCAUGCUUGCACGGAUCAGUGCAGGCUGUGACAGUUGUAUGCUAAACACUCCGAAUGUUAAGCCCUGACUGUCCUAUUGUGCAUUUAAGUUCAGCAUAUCUAAACAUCUAUGUAAACCGUCGUACCUCACCCUGCCCUUUAGCGCACCGCUCCAGCUCCACACAACAUGGCAUGUUUGUUCAUUUGCUGUUGUGGAGAGAGCCGAGGCGGGCAGAGUACACACACACCCACAAGAUUCACAAAGCCUGCCAAGAUGUAUUAAUGUAUACUGGUUCAGCUUUAUCCUCUCAACCCACACUAAUAAACUCACUUUACAAAAUGUGUUUGUGUGAAUUGCUUAAUCCUGACAAUAAACCACUAUAAUAAAACAUAACCCUAACUCGUUCCCUUGGCAUUUAGAACAUGAAUGUUGCGGUUUAUGAAUUUCAAUUAGUCCCCCAAAUAUGUGACCUGCUCUUCGCAUGCAUACGGUGAGGUUGAGACAAUGUUCAUCUUGGAAACGAUUUCACACAAAGUCAAGCAGAAGUGAAGCGAGUUCAAAGCAAGGCAAGGACAGAGCGAGACACCCUCGGCUUUAAAGUUCAUCAACCUUCAAUGCAAAGAAACUUUUCUUUUGAGCAGUUUAGUUGAUUCCCCUUGUGGAGUUGCUCCUCGAAAAUGAAAAAUGAAUGCAAAGUUAGAGUUUCGCCUCAAGGUUACGCUCAACUUACGCACUCUUGCUUUUUGAUUGUUGAAUUAUGUUUCGACUUGUUCAGGGCCUAUAUUUAAGGCCUCAAAAAUUAGAUAACAGUGCUGAAAAUACAUGUUCGGCCAAAGCAAUACUGAACGCAGUAUAAAACAAUUGUAUCACAUACAUCUCAUCGGUCAUUUUCAAGCACAGUUUUGUUUUUUAAAGGCAGAGUUAUGUAAGAGAUAAUGUACAUUAGGAUGGUCAUUAUCACAAUAAAACUAAACCCAGGCACAAAGCAAAGAGGGGUUAUAUCACACUGAAGAGGUUUAUUAUGUGAUAAUGACAGGCUGACUGUACAUUAUACCUUACAUAACACCUACCUAUCUCUUUUACAGUGUUAAAAAUAGUAGAAAUACAAUUGUACUAUUUUACAUUCCCUUAGCUCAAACAGUAGAGGAUAAUGUCCAGCCACUAUUAUGGCCCAAAAAAAUGUUUUGGGGUUUUGGAGGGCAGUGUAAUGCACACUUACCAUUUUAAAGCAAAGAACUGUGUGUUCUUAUUAUGCUUUGAUGUGAAUCAUGUUAGUAUCACAUUUUAAAAGGUUGGAAAAGCAUCAAGGCAGCGUUUGGUGCACAAUGACUUCAUUUCAUUUUCUGUGAUUUGGCUUUGUUCGGUGUUGCGGGUUUUGGUUUUGGUUUGCCAGACACCACAGUUCAGUAGUUCAAUAUCCAAACAGCUUUUUAAAGCAUAAAGCAUGCACACAUUAUUAAAAAUACAAAAAACUCUAUUUCACUCAAAUCUGAUAUAACAGCUCGAAGUUAACAGGAACAUGUACCAAGAGAUAUAUAUAUAUAUUCUGUAAAAUAUUAUCCUUAAUUAUUCCUUAUAUUCUGUAUACAGCAUUCUGUAAAAUAAAAAUUUGUUUAAGUAUAAAACAGUAUUCCGUCUCACGCCAAUAUUAUUCUUUUGGUUGAUAAUAUUUCUUUGUGCUAAAUUCUAAUUCAUAGUAUUUAUCCAUUUAAAUCCCCAAAGAGAAGAAAUGGCAAGGCGUCCUUGCAGAGGACCUUGACUAUUUCAGACCGUGGUUAUCAUAGCCUCCAGCACUGGAUGUUCCUUCAGCAGAAAGCAGCCAUACACAGCCAUUUGUCCAGAGAACAGAACAGACUGUUUAGUUUCAAAUUCCACACUUGAUGACUCAUGAUUCCGGACGAUUUGAAAAUAAAGACAGACCAAGGGAUGUAACUGCCAUCUCCAAGAUUUCAGUUACAAUGCUCGCAUCGGUGCUCAGCUUCCUCCUCCUCCUCCUCUUCCUCAGCCCAAAUCUUGCUGAUGAUACAGUGGCAGAGGACAUUGGACCUCACCAGCUGGAGCGCCUGGUGGAGCUGCUGACCGCUCAUGAGUGUGAGGAGCUCAUCUCUGCCCUAUCUCAACCUGAGGAGAGCAUCUUCCUUCACUUAGACCGACUAUCUGCAGAAAGGAACCAGUUACUGAAUUCAAGAAGACGCAGAAACACAGAGCAGGAGGCCCCCUGUCGCUCAUCGCUAAAGGACUGGCUGCAGAUUCAUGGCAAGCAGAUAUACUACGACAGGCUGACUCGUGCACUGCAACAGAUCGGCAGGACUGACAUUGCCAUAGAGGUGGGUAAGAACAUCAACCAGGACAAAACUCUGGCUAUGCAGAGAUAUGUGGACGGCUACCAUGAACUUGUUAAGCAAAUGGCCACUCACCUGGAGAAGCAUGCAUCAGAAGAUCACGAAGACCAUGAGGAGAUGCUGCAUUACUCUGCAAAACAGGCCAAAGGGUUCACCUGGAAAGACGUGGACUUGGUGGUGAAAAGGCAACCAGUACCACCUUAUCAGCCCCAUCUGCUAGACAGAGCAUGGCCUCUAUUUUACGGCCUCCUGCUUGGAUUUGCUGGCGCAGUACUCAUAACCGUCGCCGUCUUGCUUAUUAGCAUAUAUGUAUCCCAUGGCAACAGAACCAAAUCCAAGGCCAAGUAUCAACCCCGUCGCUGUCCCCUUCUCAGUGUUGUGACAUCAUCAGAGACACGCCACACAGAGGACACACGCAGACCGAGUAACGGAUGUUCGGGAGACUAAUGAAGCCAUGUUCAUCAUUAUAAAACGCAAUAUUAAAUGUGCCUUUGAUGGCU